AUGUAAUAAUAGAACAACUAAGUAGAAAAACAAUAAAUAAAUUGGGAGAUCAGUUCUAAUCCUUAAAUGAAACAAUUUGACUCAAAAGAUCUUAUUAAUAAAUACUUCACCUCUAAACGCAAAUGGAUAACAUUCUCUCUUACAUUCUUUGUUUUAUGUGGUAUUGGAAUAUUCUUGGGGACAUAUUUUAGUUAAAAUGUCACUUAUGCCCCAAGACUUAAAAAAUUCUAGAGAGAUGAAUUUUAAUAAGUGGAUGAAAUUUGUUUAUACCAUACAUCUAAUAAAAUACAAAAUUGCACUUAGAUAAAACAAAAAGAGUAGUGAAAGAUGUAAAUGAGCAAAAUACUUCAAGCUUGUUAAUGUUGAAAAAAUUGAAAGUCACAACCGUUUAAUAAAAACCUGGUGGAACAAGAGAAUAUAAUGAAAUGGUUAAUGAAAAUACAGAGAUAGAAUAAUAAAUAAAGAAGUUCUUAAGAAUAUUGUAAGAAAUUCAGUCAACCGUAAAUAGCAAUCUUUGUUAAGGAAUACCUUAAGAUGAAUGUGGAGAUGUAAAUGAGGUACCAUUAGUUACAAUAAUUACUGAUUAAUAAACUGGUGCUGUUUAAUAAAAUUGGUUUACCCUCUGGAGUGUCAGAUCUUAUCUUGUAACCUUUAGUUUCUAAUAUUAUUCGUAUUGCUCCUAAUGUGGAAGAUUCAAGUCACGCUGCUGA